GAGGUGGGGCCAGACUAGUGGAAGUAGGGGGCGGGCGGGAAAGGCCCCCUGUCCAUCACCCGGCAGCUGAGAUGACUAGUCACCCACUUGUCCUCCCCACUCCCACCCCCCGGUUGGGGCGGAGUUGCAGGAGGAGGGGAGGCCGCCCCGCCCAAAAGCGAUCGGGGUUUUCGGCUCUCCCUGGAGCCGGAAAUCGGCGGACCUUCCCCGCCGAUGGGCGGCGCCCCCGGAGGAAGGGAGUUGCGGCCGAUGCCCGGGGCCGGCGGGGAGCCCCAGCCCGCCGGUCCUCCCUCCCGCCGGGUGGCCGACGGGCAGCGGAAGCGGAAGGCCGGGGGCUCGCCGAGCGGAAGCGGAAGCGGCGGGAGCGGUCGGGGCGCCGGACGGCUCGGCGCGAUGGCGGAGCCUGGCUCGCAGGCCCCGCCGCCCCCGGGGACCCCGAGCCGCCACGAGAAGAGUUUAGGAUUGCUCACCACCAAGUUCGUGUCUCUGCUGCAGGAGGCCAAGGACGGAGUGCUCGACCUCAAGCUGGCGGCAGACACCUUGGCCGUGCGGCAGAAACGACGAAUCUACGACAUCACCAACGUGCUGGAAGGGAUCGGGCUGAUUGAGAAGAAGUCUAAGAACAGCAUCCAGUGGAAGGGCGUCGGGCCUGGUUGUAACACCCGGGAGAUCGCAGACAAGCUCAUCGAAUUGAAGGCCGAGAUUGAGGACCUGCAGGAGAGAGAGCAGGAGCUGGACCGGCAUAAGAUCUGGGUUCAGCAGAGCAUCCGGAACGUUACCGAAGAUGUGCAGAACGACCACUUAGCCUAUGUGACCCACGAGGAUAUCUGUAGGUGCUUUUCAGGAGACACGCUUCUGGCCAUCCGAGCCCCGUCGGGGACCAGCUUGGAGGUGCCCUUCCCUGAGGGCCCGAACGGGCAGAAGAAAUACCAGAUCCACUUGAAGAGUACCAGUGGGCCCAUUGAAGUGCUACUGGUCAACAAGGAUGCCUGGAGCUCCCCACCCGUCGUGGUGCCCGUGCCCCCCCCAGAUGACCUCGUCCAGUCCCAGCCUGUGGCCGUCCCUUCCCCCCCGCCCCAGCCGGCCAUCCCCCCAGAUCAGGAGGCUGCGAUUCCUGGUGGUGCCCGGGCCUCCACCCCCACGGCCACCAGCACCCAGGUCCACGGUGCUGCUGGCCAAGCGACAGCAGGCACAGAGUGCAGCGGCUCUGGGGCCGAUGCCAAGGAUGGGAGCACACUCACCCCUCUGGAUCCGCAGCCUUUGGAAUCGUCUGCCUCACUGGACAGCAGCUCUGUCCUGCCCCACCCAUCUACCUCCUUCGAACCUAUCAAACCGGAUCCCACGGAGAUACUGGAACUCCCCAAAGAGCUGUCGGAGAUGUUUGAUCCAACCAGAGAAUGCAUGAGCUCUGAUCUGCUGGAGGAACUGAUGUCCUCAGAAGUAUUUGCUCCUCUGCUCCGCCUCUCCCCGCCCCCCGGAGACCACGACUAUGUCUACAACCUAGAUGAAAAUGAGGGGGUCUGCGACCUCUUCGAUGUGCCCGUCCUCAACCUCUGACUCCAGCCUGCUGGGGCUGCGUGAGCACAAACUGUUUGACCUGGAGAAAGGGCCCACCCCCUACCCAGCCUGUGCCUCCCCCAACCUCCCACCCCGGCUGGCUACACUGAAGGGCCUGAAACCAGAGUCACAGACUGAUGCCAGCUCAGCAGGUCCUCUUCCCUUUCCCUCCCUCACUGCACAUUUAGGGUACAGAUUUGUCUUCCCCUCUGGCUUGGGCCCUUUUGUUUUCUUCCAGGGCCUAGGUCCAGAUCCAGCUCUUCCUCCCCCUGCCCCCAUCCCUUUCCUCCCUGUAGCCAAAGUCUUUGCCACAUACCUCUCUGGGCUUCCUAGGGCCAGGUGCAUGGCACCUCCAUUUAGGGUGGCUCAACACUUCUCGUACCAGCCUCCACCCCAAUGCAGUAGCGUGCCCCCACCCCCCCAAGUGUCGGGCAGGGAUUCAUUCAUUCAAUCAAUCGUAUUUAUUGAGCGCUUACUGUGUGCAGAGCACUGUACCAAGUGCUUGGGAAGUACAGUGUAGAAACUUAAGUAAAGGGAGGUACAGGGUUUGGGGCUGGGCUCCCCUCAGACCUGGCCAACUUACUUGAAAGGGCCGAGGUCAGUGGGCAUAGCACCGCGCCUUCAGGGUGAUCCGCUGCCGGAAAAGGGCUCUCAUCCCGCACACACACCUCCCCCCCCCCCGCACCCUACUUCGAGCCACUAUCGCUACUUUGGUUUCCCGCGGCCCCUCCGCUCUCAUGUCCUCCCCAGGGGCGGGCCCCGGCCUUGAGCUGCCCGCCCCCACCCCGAUCACCGCCACUCCAUAGACCUCGUGCAGAGCUGGACCACCGGAGUCCCUGUGCAUAUUGUCUUUAGCACCCUCGUUUGCUCUUUGUUUGCCAUCAGACGAUGUUUGGAGAAAAUAUUUAGGAAGAGAUUUACAGGAAUGUGGAUUCCUAUAUAAAGAUUAUUUUUAUACUUUUUGCAGCAAAAGGAAUUUGCCUGUAUUAUUUGUACAGCGUUGAGUGAAUAAAAAGCCUUUCGGAGCCC